AUGUUCUUCAAGCGGUUUGCCGUAUUGGCUCUGACACUACCAGUGUCCGCCCUCUUGUCCAGCAACGGCACAUGCAGGCCCGACAAUGUCAAGACCAUUGUUGAGUGGGCCAACAUGGCGGACGCUGAUAAGCAGUCCUACCUGAAAGCAGUCAAGUGUCUCAUGGAGCGCCCUGGUCAGACGGGUAUCAAUGGUACCGUCACAAGGUUUGACGACAUGCACGCCAUGCAUCAGGUGCAGGCAAAGAUCAUUCAUCUUGUGGCCCAGUUCUUGCCGUUUCACCGUCUCUAUAUCCAUGUGUAUAUGGAGCUCUUGAAAGACGAGUGCGGCUACACAGGACCGACACCCAGCUGGUGGGAUGAGACUCGCGACGCUGGCAACUUCCCGGCCUCGCCUCUCCUGGAUCCCAAGACGGGAUUCGGUGGGAACGGGGUUGGUCCAAACAACUGCGUCAUGGACGGUCCUUUCGCCAACACCACUCUUCGCAUCGGUCCGGGCCAGACGGUGACGGAGCACUGCUUGUCCCGCAAAAUCAACCAGUUCAACAGCACCCUCGGCAACGAAACCUACGUGGAGGCAGCCCACAACAAGACCACCUACCUCGACUUCUGGGAGUUGACCGGCUUUACCACCCACGGCGCUGGUCACAGUGGAAUCGGCGGAGUUAUGGAGGAUAUCGAUGCCAGCCCCGGAGACCCGCUCUUCUACCUGCACCACGCCUUUGUCGACCGUCUCUGGUGGAACUGGCAGAUGGCAGACCCUGCCAAUCGCCUGUACCAGCUGGGAGGCCCUUCGACGCAGAAGGGAACCGAUCAGACGACUCUGGACUACGUCAUGACCACCUACGAGAUUCGCCCGAACGUCACCGUCGGACAAGUCAUGGACAUCCAGGGCGAUUAUCUCUGCUACCAGUAUGACUACUAA